CCCGCCCCAGCCCGCCGCGGCUGGCCGGCCCCCCUGGGAUGUCCGAGGGACCCCGGCGCCCGGGACGGUGACCGAGCGAGCCCGACGAUGGGACGGCGCCCGCAGCUCCGGCUCGUCAAGGCUCUCCUCCUCCUGGGGCUGAACCCCAUCUCCGCCUCCUUCCAGGACCAGCACUGCGAGAGCCUGUCCCUGGCCAGCAACGUCUCUGGACUGCAGUGCAAUGCAUCCGUGGAUCUCAUUGGCACCUGCUGGCCCCGGAGCCCUGCAGGGCAGCUGGUGGUUCGACCCUGCCCCGCCUAUUUCUACGGUGUCCGCUACAACACCACAAACAAUGGCUACAGGGAGUGCCUGGCCAAUGGCAGCUGGGCCGCCCGCGUGAACUACUCCGAGUGCCAGGAGAUCCUCAGUGGGGAGAAGAAGAGCAAGGUACACUACCAUGUCGCUGUCAUCAUCAACUACCUGGGCCACUGCAUCUCCCUGGUGGCCCUCCUGGUGGCCUUUGUCCUCUUUCUGCGGCUCAGGAGUAUCCGGUGCCUGAGAAACAUCAUCCACUGGAACCUUAUCUCGGCCUUCAUCCUGCGCAAUGCCACGUGGUUUGUGGUCCAGCUCACCAUGAGCCCCGAAGUCCACCAGAGCAAUGUGGGCUGGUGCAGGUUGGUGACAGCUGCCUACAACUACUUCCACGUGACCAACUUCUUCUGGAUGUUUGGGGAGGGCUGCUACCUGCACACGGCCAUUGUGCUUACCUACUCCACUGACCGGCUGCGCAAGUGGAUGUUCAUCUGCAUCGGCUGGGGUGUGCCUUUCCCCAUCAUCGUGGCCUGGGCCAUCGGGAAGCUGUACUACGACAAUGAGAAGUGCUGGUUUGGCAAAAGACCUGGGGUGUACACUGACUACAUCUACCAGGGCCCCAUGAUCUUGGUCCUGCUGAUCAAUUUUAUCUUCCUUUUCAACAUCGUCCGCAUUCUUAUGACCAAACUCCGGGCAUCCACCACAUCUGAGACCAUUCAGUACAGGAAGGCUGUGAAGGCCACUCUGGUGCUGCUUCCCCUCCUGGGCAUCACGUACAUGCUGUUCUUCGUAAACCCCGGGGAGGACGAGGUCUCCCGGGUCAUCUUCAUCUACUUCAACUCCUUCCUAGAAUCCUUCCAGGGUUUCUUUGUGUCUGUAUUCUACUGUUUCCUCAACAGUGAGGUCCGCUCUGCCAUCCGGAAGAGGUGGCAUCGAUGGCAGGACAAGCACUCGAUCCGUGCCCGCGUGGCCCGCGCCAUGUCCAUCCCCACCUCUCCCACCCGUGUCAGCUUCCACAGUAUCAAGCAGUCCACGGCAGUCUGAGCUGGAGGGCCACGGAGCGGAAGAUGGUCUCCAGGCUUGGCCAGCUGCCCUAUCUAUGGAGGGGACCAAAUCCUUCUCACAAUCUGUAUCCCCAGAAGCAUCUGGCACUGACAGCGUGGGCCCCACCCCACCCCCCCGGCCCCGGAAUGAGCAGGAGUUCUAGGCCUAUGAGAGCAGCCAUAGUCUGGGCCAUGGGAUGAAUGGGAAAUAACCUAUAGGAUUGGGCUGGGCCCAGGGCCUCUGGCUCCCUUGUGCCCCAAGUCCUCCCCGGAGAUGGAAUGAGAAUGGAGUGGAGAUGGCCAGCCAGAAAAUCCAAGGCAGCACAGAGGUCCUUCCAAGAGGCGUCUUCUCCCAGAGCACAAGAUGGCCAGCCUCCUGGAGACCUGGGGCCUGUCCUCAGCAACUGCAAGGCACCAAUUGCUGCCCUAGGAGCAUCAUGGGAAACUCCUGUGACAGCAUCCCAACCACCGUGAUGAUGCCUCUGGGUGUUGGCAAUGCCUUCUAAUACCAGUGGGAACCAAAGCCAGGUCACCAGAAAGCCCUGGCCAUGUCAUUAGAAACCAGGUGACAUCAUCAGACAGUAGGCCACACCACAAGAAAUCCUCCCAAGCCACCAUAAUUUCAUCUGGCACUGUGGCACUGCCAUCAGAAAUGCCCUGUCUCGCUGCCUUGUACCCUUGGACCUUUAUGCCCUGCAGGCCACUCAGCCCCCCGCCCCGGUCCUUAACCACCCACAAUACCCACACCCUGAUGUGUCACCUCCUGCCCCUGGUGUCUCCCCCUGUGUGGGAAGUGGGGGUUGGAAGGAGAUGGAGUGUCCUGUGAGCAAGAACCAGGGUGUGCCCCAGCCAAAGCCAGUCUCCCUUUUAGAGAACAGAGAAUGCUCUGGGCCAUCCUGCCUGCUGGUGUCAGUGGUCUGGCAUCUGGGGCAGCCUCUCUACUGGGUACAGGGGGUUUCUGGUGCCUGGAUGACCUCUGGAGCAGCAUGAUUAGCUAAGCAAAGAUAGAAGGGGCAGGGGACUUGGAUCCUCUCUGCCUGAGUGUCCUGGAGCAAGACAACUGGUUCUCGGGGCAAUCAGCAGCCCCCACUGGACCCUCCUGUGUCCAGAGUACUGGGCCACUGGAGCCAGGCCUUGGGAGAUAAGGUGUCAGCUGUGAGGGGGUGGCUGCUGUAAAUAAUAAUAUUUAUCUUUUCAACCAGCAUCUGUGAAGGUCUGGACUAUGCGGGGUUGGGUGGGAAGGGCACAGCAGAGAAAUGGAGGCCACUUUUCAGUCUGGGGCCAGCCAGCCUGUGGCUGGGAAACCUGACACCAUUCACACCCAUCCCGAUGGGGUGCUAGGUGAGCCACUGGGGGCAUGGGCCUGCGGACGCAGCUGACAAGGACGGCUCUUAAAAGGGAUGAGUCAUAGGGAGAGAAGGGCCACAGGUGAGCAGUGCUGGCCAAGGACACUAGAGGGGUCAGGGCCCAUGGCGACAGCUCUAGCCAAGGUGUGGCAAUGGGACCAGGCAGGAAUGUCUCCCAGCCCCAAGGGAAGGGCCAAGCUGGAAGCAGGAAGUAGAGUUAAGGAGGCCUUGACACUGUCUCAGCUUGAGAGCCCCAGAAACAGAGCCAGAGACAAGGUUUCCAGAACCAAGUAGGGAAGGGGAGCACGGGGAGCGGGUGGGGGCGGGAGGCCAGGCCAGGGAGGCGGCCGGAGCAGGGGUGCCCACACCACAGCCACUACUAGGGGCAGCUGGAGCAUAAUCCUACUGCAGAAGCCCGAGGGGGCAUCCCCGCCUUCAGCCCACCUGAGGGGCCACAGGGGAGGAAGGCUGCCCCCGGGGGUAGGGAGCACAGGGGCCACAUGACAACAGAGACACAGAGAGAGAGAUACACACUGAGGGAGCGUGCACAGGCACAGCAGGGUGUGGUGGGAGGCAGCCUGAGGGCAGGAGAGGGGGUGGGACGUGGAAACUCCACCCUGGCACACAGGGACCAGGGACUCGGGGAGGGGACCAGAGGCACCAGGACAGAGACAGGCUGAUGGCCCCAGGAAGGGACCAGAAGUGCCUGAGGAAUCUCAAACGGGCCACAAUUGAGGCAUCUUUCUCAACUGUUAUUCGCCCAGUGAAGAAGUGAGAAAGCAAGGCUUCUCCUGUACGAGUUGGGCUGUGGGGACAGGGCUCCCCAAGGACAGAGCAGCCUGGGAGGAGGAGGAGAGGACAUUGUAAGGAGGUUGCUUGGACAAGAGGUCCUGGGUGGGGGGCAAGCUGAGGCAGUGUCCCUUCUGCUUGUGCCUCCUUCCAAGCACCUACUGUGCAUUCGAAACUGCCAGGCCCAGCACAAGGCGGGGAGAUGAGUAGCCCCCCGAGAUGAGUGCCAGCAGCCAACUGCAAAGCCUGGAGCUGCCGGGUCUUGAAAGCCAUCAGAGGACACCUCCAGGACGGGGCUGACAGUCAUCAGAGGAGCUCCUGGGGGAAGUGGGGGGCAGGCAGGGGCUGGUCCAGAUGAGCCUCAGGACACCUCCCAUUCAGAGACUGUAAGGGAGGAGGGGCUGCUUCAGGAACAUCUGGGCCCCAGAGAACUGUAACUCCUCUGCGGGGGUGGGGGAGGGCAGGUGCCCAGGGUAUAAGCCUGUCACAGCCCAGGGCUCAGGAAGCAGGGUGAAGGCAGGCCCCCAGAUGGGGUUUCUGAGGGUCAUUGUUCCCUGAGGUUCAGCCUGAGGGUAUAAGGGAUGGAUACACAUGCCACUGUGCUGGGGCAGAGGCCUGGCAACCACAGGGGGAGGGGGUCACUGCAGGACAGACCGCUCCCUCAAGCCUGGAGGCCACAGUCCCCUGGAGUACCCCAUCCGAGCCCGUUUCUCCUUGGGACCCUCCUUCAUGGGCACAGAUCCCCAGGGGAGGAAAAUCCCCACUGUGUGGUUUCCAUUUCGGGCUCCUCCACCUCUAAGUGUGAUGACAGGCCCCUGCCCUGGGGUCCUCAGCAUCCCCUUCAGGCCUCCUCAGUCCUCCUGCUGCUGCUGGGUCAGAUGCCCUAGGAUAGGGCAGGGGAGGGAGCCAGAUGUGGGAAAACAUGUGCUAAGGAGGCAGGGAGGUUUUAGAAUCCAGGUAAUAACACCUUAAUUGUGGGCAUUUGUAAACUGCUUUGCAAUCUGUAUAAUCCUUUAUGAUAUCAUCUAAUCCUCAAGUAACUCAAGGAGGCAGAACCUUCCCAUUCUACAGCCAAAGACACUGAGGCCUGGUAAUUCCUCUGAGAUCAAAGGUCCUCUGGCUCCACAUGCAGGGAUCUUUCCACCCCCUGGGUUUGGGUUUUAGGAGGCCAGGACAGAUAGAGCAGCUCUGGGGGAGAGGGGGCAGCAGGAGGCCUCAGGGCUUCAGAUUGUCUGGUUGGGGACGAGUCCCAGGUGAAGAUGGGACCAGCCCAAAGAUGGCACAGCCAGUGUCCAGUUGCUGAGCUCAGCUGGGUGGGAGCAGCGAGGGUUCUGUACAACUAUCCUGAUUCCCAGCACACGCUUCCCACCUUCCCAACAUCCUCCACCCCUCCACUCCUUAAAAUGAUACUUAACUGCGAACAGUGCAACCCAGGGCACCAGAAGCUUCUGUGGGCCUCCCUGCACCCACCCAGGCUCUGCUCAGCCCAGGGAAGGGGGUCACCAGCCUCCAGCUUAAGGGUCUCAGGAUCAUCUCAUGGAGUCCUCUGACUUUAAACUCAACUGCCCAUCCUCAGUCCAAAGAGAAACGAGGGCUGUUUUCUGCAUUCCAACACCAGCAAUGCUAUCGUUGAUUGAGUGCUUCUCGGGUGCCAGGCACAGCCCAGCGGCUCACCUAUUCUUCAUACCACACCCUGUGAGGCAGGGGCUGUUAUCCCCAUUUAACAGAUGGGGAAAAGAAGGCACAAAGAGGGCCUGAGGCCUGCCUCAGAGCCCCCAGCGUGGCUGGCAUGGCCGGAUGUGCACCUAGGCUGGCCUCACUCAGCCUCUACCGUGUUUAGCCGUAUGCAGCAGGAGUUCUUUGUAGAAUGCCUCUCCCUGCCCCACUGCCUCCUCCAAUACCCUCCCUAGGGAAAGUCCUCAGUUUCCCUAGUUUGUGGACAAACAGCAUUCAGAGACAAAGUUGGCACCUGCAAAGCAUGGGCUUCGGGGGGCCACUCCUAAGCAGCCCAGCCUCCAGGCUGCCAGCCUCCCAGGGUCCCAGCCCUGUCGCUGUUUCAUGCCAGAGCAUUGCCUCCUACCCCUACUUUUACAGCCCACCAACCUCUGCAGAUCCAACUGGUCAGGCUCGGGCUCAAGACAGGCCUGCAACACAUAUAUUUUUCAAAGGUCUAAGUGUGUUGGAAACAUUGAUGAGAUCAUUGUUUAGAGGUAACUCCAGAGACUAUCUUCAGCCUCCAGACUCCCACCCACUCUCUCUGCCCCUUCCGGGGGUCCUGGACAGAUGCCUGCCACCCAGCCUCAUCGCCCCACUGGGCCAAGGCAGGUGGGGGCAGAAGCAGGCGUGGGGGCCCUGUGCUCAGUGUGCCAAGAGGAAAAAGGGAGAGUGGAGCGGGCACCCAGUUAGGGGGGUGGACGACGUGGAGGUGGACCUGGAGGUGCUCCUGCCUCUUGCCUUCAUUAUUGGGAUAGUUGGGGAGGGAGCAGGUGGUGACCCAGUCCUCUCUCAGUGUCUAUACCACCUCUAAGACAUGCAUCUAGGCCAGCACUGAGCCAGGUAGCAAGGGCAGUGAGUGGCCAGGUAAGCCGGGCACCAUCUUCUCCCUUCCUGAGCAGCCACACUGGGCUAAGUCCUGCUGUGAGGUCAGCUGUCCUUGCUGCUCCAAGUGGAUAAAGAUAAAUGCUCCAGGUGCCCCCCUAAGUCCCCAGACAGAAGGCAGAGACACUGCCCCUGGCUUGCCUGGGACAGUGACCCUGAGAGCCCAGGCCAUAGCUAAGAGGAACAGCAGGGAGGGAGCAGAAGCUGCAGAUACAGGGGGAUGCCUUCAAAGAAAGGGAUGGAAUCUGGAGAGAGAGGUGGGCCAGGCUGCAGAGUCUUGGAGCAGAAACACAGCAUCGGCCACUGGUAUGAUGGCACCUCCCAGAGCAUUGUGCAGGGCACUGUCUGGGCCCAAGCAGCCACAGAGAAGACCAACUCCAGGGCUGUGGGGGCUGGGGGUGGAUCCGGAGGAUCUGGGGAAGCAGCGAUUAGAAAGACACUCAAAAGCCUUCAGUGAGCCGGGUCCCAGGAAGAACCUCAGAGGGAAUGAGCCUCAAGAGAAUUCUUUGAGCCAGGACACCAGGAACCCAGGGUAGAUCAGAGAAGAAGGGUGGGAGCAGGCUUUUUUGGGGAAUCCUGUGUUUCUGAACCCCAAAUAGGGGCACAGGCUGGUCUAGUUCCAGAACGUGUUCAUCUCCAUAAUGGAAAUCCCAUUCCCAUUAAGCUGUCACCUCCCAUCCCACCUUCCUAGCCUCUGGCCACUACGAACCUGCUCUGUCUCUAUAGCUUUCCCUGUUCUGGAUAUUUCAUAAAAGUUAGAGUCAUA